AUGAGUUGCAAGGACUUUUUAACUUGUAAGUUACACUUACUAUCCUACAAGAUGAUGGCCUGCUCGUACGUUAGUGCAAACAACUUCAAGCCCGAAUCUGCUGGUUGCUGGACGCCUCCCUCCAUGGACCAGCCAGGACCUCACCACGGCUUCAGACCAGUGCCAGAGGAGAGCACCGAGCCAGCCUUAGACCUGACGACGUUCAAACCUAAACCCAGUGACGAAGAGUCCGAGUGA